AUUGCCUCUUCCUUGUCUUUCUGGUACUCCCUCUCCUCGUGCCACCCAGAACCUUCCAGGCUGCUGUUGUCCGGCACGCGCUGUCAAAAUGAUCGGCCAGCAGGUUUUAGUGCUCAACCAGAAUGUGAAGAGAGAGUCUGGACGUAAAGUCCAGACUGGGAACAUCAAUGCAGCUAAGACCAUUGCAGAUGUGAUCAGGACCUGCCUCGGCCCGCGGGCCAUGAUGAAGAUGUUACUUGACCCCACAGGAGGAAUCGUGAUGACUAAUGAUGGAAAUGCCAUCCUCAGAGAGAUUCAGGUGCAGCAUCCAGCAGCCAAAUCGAUGAUUGAGAUCAGUCGCACACAGGAUGAGGAGGUGGGAGAUGGGACCACUUCAGUCAUCAUAUUAGCUGGAGAGAUGUUGUCUGUAGCUGAACAGUUUCUGGAGCAGCAGAUGCACCCGACAGUGAUCAUUAGUGCCUACAGACAGGCAUUGGAGGACAUGCUUGAAACUCUGAAGGAAAUAAGCACCCCAGUGGACACAUCAGACCGCUCCAUGAUGCUGAAGAUCGUCCACUCUGCCAUUAACACCAAAGCUCUGAGUCGCUGGUCAGAACUGGCCUGCAGCAUCGCACUCGACGCUGUUCGUACAGUGGAGCUGGAGGAGAACGGACGCAAAGAGAUUGACAUCAAGAAGUACGCCAAAGUGGAGAAGGUUCCAGGUGGUAUCAUUGAGGACUCGUGUGUGCUGAAGGGAGUGAUGGUAAACAAAGAUGUGACCCACCCAAGGAUGAGACGGAUGAUUAAAAACCCUCGAAUUGUCCUGUUGGACUGUUCUCUGGAGUACAAGAAGGGGGAGAGCCAGACUGACAUAGAGAUCAGUAAGGAGGAAGACUUUGCCAAGAUCCUACAGAUGGAGGAAGAAUACAUCCAGCAGAUUUGUGAGGACAUCAUCCGGCUCAAACCAGACCUGGUCUUCACUGAGAAAGGCAUCUCAGAUCUGGCCCAACACUACCUGGUAAAGGCAAACAUCACCGCCAUCCGUCGUGUGAGGAAGACUGACAACAACCGCAUUGCUAGGGCGUGUGGAGCUCGCAUUGCCAGUCGGACAGAUGAGCUUCGUGAGGAAGAUGUCGGUUUGGGGGCUGGGCUGUUUGAGAUUAAGAAAAUUGGAGAUGAGUACUUUACCUUUGUCACCGAGUGUAAAGACCCUAAAGCCUGCACCAUCCUGCUGAGAGGGGCCAGCAAAGAGAUCCUGGCGGAGGUGGAGCGGAACCUGCAGGAUGCCAUGCAGGUCUGUCGUAACGUGCUGCUCGACCCCUACCUCCUGCCUGGUGGUGGUGCUGUGGAAAUGGCAGUGUCCAAGCGGCUGACAGAGAAAUCCCGCGCUCUGACAGGCAUCGAGCAAUGGCCGUACCGUGCUGUUGCCCAAGCCCUGGAGGUCAUCCCCCGUACCCUGAUCCAGAACUGUGGAGCUUCCACCAUUAGAGUGCUGACAUCACUGAGGGCCAAACACACUCAGGACGACAGUGUGUGUUGGGGUGUCGAUGGAGAGACCGGAUGUCUUUCUGACAUGACAGCUCUCGGUAUCUGGGAGCCGCUGGCUGUUAAAGCUCAAACCUACAAGACUGCUGUCGAGACGGCCAUCUUGUUGUUGCGUAUCGAUGACAUCGUCUCCGGUCACAAGAAGAAAGACAAAGAUGAGCAGAUGGGAGGCCAAGGAGCGGAGUAGAUCUAGGUUAACCCAUUACAACAUCAGAGUCACUCCGAGAAUGUGUGUUUGUUUGUAUGUGUGUGUAUGUACGUGUGGGGACCAGACGACUCACUGAAACUUAAUAAAACCAAGUUCAGAACCUGA